AUGAAUAUGAAAAACCAUUUGAAACCAUUGCUGAUUAGGGCCAAAGUGGAAGGUGUAACUAUCAACAAAGUCCCGGUCGAUUAUGGCGCCACUGUCAACAUCAUGCCGCACCAUAUUCUGAGGAAGAUUGGCAAGUAUGAUACUGACAUCAGAUCCAACAAUGUGGUCUUGUCUGACUACGGGGGAAAAACGAAAAGCACCAUGGGUGUGAUUAUGGUGAACAUCACGGUGGGUUCAAUAACUAGACCGACACUAUUUAUGGUGAUAGACGCCAAGCCAAGUUACAACUUGUUAUUUGGAAGAGAAUGGCUCCAUGGUAUCGGAGCCGUACCAUCUUCAGCACAUCAAAGAUUGGUGAUUUCGAGAGAAGAUGGAGUGGUCGAAAAUAUCGAAGCUGACCAAGGAUACUUCAUGGAUGAAGUAAAUAAUGUCGACAAGAAGGAAUUCGAGAGAAAGCUGGCUAACAUUUCUCCUUGUUUUCCAGCUGAGGAUGUAUAUGCUAAUUUGAGUGAGGCUUUCGUUUCUCUAACUUAA